AGUUUGAUUAUGUCGUCAGCCAUUGAAUUCCCCCGUCGAGGAGGAGGAGGAGAAAUCGCGUGUACAUGCGAACCAAACCAGGGUCACCUUUCCUGUUUCAGCCCUUUUAGACUCUUCCCAGGACAAUUAGGUGUAUUUCUCAGAGUGGAUUUGGUGUUAGUCGGUCUUCGGCAGCUUGUGUUUCCACUUCCCCCGCCUGCCAACCAAAUAUUCAGCGACAGAUGACGGUGACAGGCAGGGUGUUGGUAGCUGUUCAGUGAUAAGAGAUAAAGUGGGUGAAGGCGGCUGUCAGGCGCAGAUAAAAGGGACAAUAACGGUCUAAACUCGACAAUGUAGCGGGAAGAAGCUCGGCUAUAGACACGGGGCGUUGAUGUGACGGCUGGUGGACUAAAAUGUUUCUCCGAGUGGUCUUACUCAACAAGAAACACCUCGACACUAUCAGUCUCUGACUGGUUGGCCACUAAGGAAAAUACUUAGAUUUCUUUUACCUUUUGCCAAAUUUAGUCAGUAGCUGACAACCAGGACGAUGCGGCUUUUAUUUCGCAUGUCAAGGUGCACACAUGAAGUGCAUUUGUCCAAACUCAAGCUAACACAGCCGAGGAUGUUGUGGCUGGAGCACCAUCUGACCCCCUCAGCUGCCCCCCGGAGGAAGAGACAGUCGACCGGGGUCAAGUCAUCAGUCCAUCCGACACCUGCCUUCCCUCUCUCCUCACCCAGGCCCUUCACGUCUGUCCUGCCCUGCAGCCCACUCAGAGGUCUCUCUAUCCUCUGUUCACACACACCGACAGGCCGAGCACGGACAGUCACACACACACCUGUUGCCUUUGCCAGUUCUUCAGCCGCCUCCACACCUACACCAGCCGGAUCAGUGAAGACCCAGGCGGGCAGGGAGAUAGGCCGAACACCGACCAAUGUCCCCGUGGAGGAUGUUAAAAGGAUUUUGCAACUUGCUCACCCGGAGAGAUGGAGACUGGCAGCUGCUAUGGGCUUCCUAACUGUCUCCAGUGCAGUAACCAUGUCAGCUCCAUUCCUCCUGGGUAAAGUGAUUGACACCAUUUACACCACUGGAACAGACACAGAGACAAUGACGGCCUCUCUGACAUCGUUAUGUAUCAUGCUGACGGGAGUGUUCCUGUGUGGUGGGGCGGCUAAUGCUGCCAGAGUCUACCUCAUGGAGACCUCAGGCCAACAGAUUGUUCGUAAUCUCCGUGCCUCUGUCUUCUCCUCCAUCCUCAGACAGGAAGUGGCAUUUUUUGACAGGAAUAAGACCGGCGAGCUUAUCAACCGCCUCUCUGCUGACACGGCCGUGGUGGGCCACUCGAUCACUGACAACCUGUCAGACGGGCUGAGAGCUGUCGCCCAGGCAGCUGCUGGUGUCAGUAUAAUGUUCUAUGUCUCGCCGAGUUUAGCAAGCUUUGUGUUGCUGAUUGUUCCCCCUGUGGCCUGUCUUGCUGUCAUCUAUGGCAGAUACCUUCGCUCCAUCUCCAAACGCACACAGGAUGCACUCGCACAAGCCACACAGUUGGCAGAGGAGCGAAUCAGCAACUUGCGGACAGUCAGGGCUUUUGGUAAAGAGCUGUCAGAGGUCAACACAUACACACAGAAGACAGACCAGGUCUUCAGCCUAGCCAGGAAGGAGGCUGUGUUACGAGCUGGCUUCUUUGGAGUGACUGGUCUCAGUGGUAACAUCAUGAUCCUGUCAGUACUCUACAAAGGAGGCCUUCUGAUGGCCAGCCAGCACAUGACUGUGGGAGAGCUCUCAUCGUUCCUCAUGUACACCUUCUGGGUGGGCAUCAGUAUUGCAGGUCUGAGUUCAUUCUACUCUGAGCUGAUGAAGGGUUUUGGAGCAGGAACCAGACUGUGGGAGCUGCUGGACAGAAAGCCUGAGUUUCCUCUAAAUGAAGGCCUAGUGCUUCCUUCAGACCAGCUGAAGGGUCGGCUGGAGUUCAGUGAUGUCUCUUUUGCCUACCCGACCCGUAAGGAGGCGCCUAUUUUCCAGAACCUCAGCCUGCUGGUCCCAGCUGGGACCAUCAUGGCUGUGGUGGGACCCAGUGGGUCUGGAAAAUCAACCCUGGUCUCACUGCUGCUCAGGCUGUACGACACCGACGCUGGUAUCAUCUCUAUAGAUGGUCAUGACAUCAGAGAUCUGAAUCCCUACUGGCUCAGGAGUCACAUUGGAACUGUCAGCCAGGAGCCUGUGCUGUUUUCUUGCUCUAUAAGAGAUAAUAUCGCAUACGGUGCAGUGGACCCAGAUGCUGUGACCACAGAGGACAUCUACAGGGCAGCCAGAGUGGCCAACGCCUAUAAUUUCAUCCAGGCUUUUCCUAAGGGCUUUGACACUGUAGUGGGGGAGAAGGGAGUGCUGUUGUCAGGUGGUCAGAAGCAGAGGAUAGCCAUAGCCAGAGCUCUGCUUAAGAAUCCUAAAAUCCUGCUUUUAGAUGAGGCUACCAGUGCACUGGAUGCUGAGAAUGAGUUCCUGGUCCAGGAAGCCUUGGAGCGUCUGAUGGAAGGGAGGACAGUCGUGAUCAUCGCUCACCGUCUGUCCACCAUCCAGAAUGCGAACGCCGUUGCUGUACUGGACCAGCGGUGCAUAGCCGAGUGUGGCCAGCACACAGAGCUGCUAAGCAACAGGCAAGGACUGUUCAGAAAACUGAUGGAGAAACAGGCGUUUCUACAAGAGGAACAGAAACAUGCACUUCGCUGAGAGGGCAGGGAGUACAUAGUACUGGUGGAUGAGGAAGAGAGAGAAAUCAGGAGGUGAGGUCGAUUGCUGGAAAAAACUGCUCCAGAAGGGGUUGGGGGCAGAGGGAAAAAAAUAAAUAAAUUGCCUUGAAUGGGUAGAGAUGGAUAAAAGCUGAGGAAAGCAGAGCUUUCCACAGGUCUACAGAUGAACACUAGAGAAGAAAUUGGAAAGCCACUAAGAAUCCUAAAGGGAUUUUUCUAAAAGCUGCGAGUGUCCUUUCACUGCUGCAAUGACUAUGUGGCACCAAAUGAAGAGCUGUUAGGAAAGGAAACAGGGUAAUCCACAUUGAAGACCUAAGAAGUGAAACAUGGAUCAGAGAGUUCCUCCAGAUGCUUUGUUUUGAAAAUAUAAAUUUCUACACUGACAUGAUGAAGACAGACACUCCUCAGAAAGCUCAUAGCCAACAUGUGAUUUGUAAAUCACUGUCACUACCAUAGUUUUGGGUAAAAGCCUGAAUCCUGUUUUAAAUAGUUCAGGCAUAUGGUAGACAUGUGACAGUAUGAAUCUGGUGCAAAUGACAAACCUCUUUGAUUAUCUGCUAUCUGACACUUUAUGAUUUCCAAAACCAAACCAAAAACAGUCCAGUAUGAUGUGAACUGCUAAAUAUAUAUUUGUGUCUAUUUAUUGACUUUCUAAACUUGAAGCUUACAUGCAGAGUCUGUCACAGUCAUUUUAGAGUUUAAACAAGCCAAAUCAAGCAGCUAUUUGUGUUCUCUACACUGUGUUGUAAAACAGGACUGAAUACUAUUCUGAGAUGUCUUACUAUUCACAGAUUAGUGUAUGCACAUUUAUCAUAUAAAAUAAUAUUAGUGAUUGUCCUGUAAGUCACAGCUGAGGUGCUACACAUCUAAAACAAAACAAAAAAAAAAAAAACGUUACGUCUCUUAACAAGGAUUUGGUCUCAGUGGAUCAUAUUUACACUGGGAUUGGUUUGCUAAUAUGUUUCGAUUCAGUAGUUUUUCUUGCUUUGGGCUUAAUUGACAGCCUUGAAACUGCUAAACUUUUACCAUCUUUAUAUGUCAAACAACAUAAAAUGUGCACAGUUACUUGAGGAAGUUGAUGGAGGGCUGCUAAACAGCCUCUUUUCUGGUCGAUGUUCUGCUGCUCUCUGGUAGGAAGGGUACAGGAGUCAGAGGUGGUCUGUGUGUCGUGAUCACCGCUCUCUUAACAAUGAUCUCAUUGUCUAAAAUCCCUAAUUCCUUCAUCUUUUUUAUCUCGUCUUCAUAAAGUUACACAGUGCCAAUCAGAAUGUAGUAUUAGUCAACUUUCUUGGUCUAAUCUGUAAAUGGUGGAAAAACAGAAAGCAACAUUACGACUUAAAUGUGUGAAUGUGCAACGGUUCUGACUGUGUACUGUUUACCACUUUGUCAGUCAGUCUGGGACAUGAUAUCCCCCCCAUGCUGGGUUCACUGGUAGGUGUGUACUUGGCCGGCCUUAAAUGCUACGUAAACAGCUCUAAAACAACGUACAUGUUAGCCACAGUGCUGUUGAGCCAGUUAAAUAUUAUAGCUGGCUUGGAGAGCCCGACUAAGAGGUAAUUAUUCUCCUCAGUAAAUAUUUGGAUGGUAAAUGCCCAUUUCACCGCUCAGGGGGAGUCUAGACCAGAGUGUUUCAGAGGAUUUUCUUUUCUUUUUACAACAGACAUGCAAAUGCCCUCAGUUUGAAUUCCUCACAGCCCUAAAAGGACUGUAGAUUGGGUUUUUCUGGGACUCAUUUUAUUUUAAAUCCAUGUUUGAGUUCAGGCCAAUGAACAACAAAUUAAACUGUUGUAUGGCAUUUGUCGUGGCUCAGACAUAGAUGUCGAUGCACAGACAUAGAUGACACAGUGCACAUAGAUGGAUGACACAGAUGUCGAUGGACAAGAAGCUCUAAGCAACAUUUAUAUACAGGAUAAAUACAAACAAAUGAUGACAUAUUAUUCAAAUCAGUCUCUAUUCAAAUCUAUAUCUCCUAUAUUUCUAUUGACCUAAAACAGGUCAGAUAGUAUGGUGGAAAAGCUUUCUGUCACAUUAAUUAGAUCUAAUAAUUGCAGAAAUUGUAUAUAAUAUAUAUGUAUGUAAUUAAAUUAACCAGUCUUGAUUACAUUUAAAUGAGGGACAAUGUCAGGAUUAAUGAAUACAACAUUGAUCAAUGGUAACUGGCCAUUUCAGUAGCUGACUAACGUUGUCUGUGUACGAUAGUAAUCACUUUCUGGUUAUAUAUAUUUUGAGGUUUUAUAUAUUUAUUACAGCAUAUAGACUGUAUGGCAGCAGAAUCUGAGUUAACAUUUUCAUUACAAGAUGAUUUAUUAAGGUCAGUUCUCAUGUUCUUUGUUGUCUUUUUGCUAUAAUUCUUGUUAUUUCACCUAAAAGGCAAGUGUUUUUUUUUACUUGACCUACUUGACAGAUUUUCAUUUCCUCACAACAUGUUAGUCUUCAUUUAAAAGUAAAAUUUUACUUUAGAAUGAUGCCUUGAACGUCAGGUGCCAGACUUGUUUUGUGGUUCCUGUGGAAGUAAAAUUAUCCAAACUCAGCCUGUUAAAAUUAAACAGAAAGAAUUCAUGUUUUGCUAGAAAUCAUCUGACCACUCACUCCAGGCUAAAGCUAUGGAUGGAUCCAUGUCAAAUCACAGAAGACUGCUGGGGAUUUCUUUUUUAACUUGUGAGAUAUAAAUAAUUUGACCAAAAUUAUGUACGAUAGAUUUUUAAUUAUUUCUGUGUUUGUUAAAUCAUUAUACUUCUAUAAAGGUAAAUAAAGUGAAAUAUUUGUAGUUUUUAUUUGUUGGAAGAUUUUUUUGUGGAUGUUUUGUUGUUAAGCAGUUGUGGCUGCUUAGUCUGUUUAGGCACAUACACUGUACACUGGUAUUAAAUCAGAACAUAUUUAAAUGGCUUUAAAAAUGUUGAUUCUUUUUUGUUUUGUUUAGUGAAGGUGAAAUGUUACUACAUUGUUUCAAGGGGUUGGAUAGACCCUAACCAUAACCCAAACUUUGUAAAAUAUGUGAUGUAGUUUCAAUAGUAUUUUUAAAUAUACUAUUUUAUCUUAAAAAGAGUGUUUGUUUAUACUGCCUGCCUUAAAUCACCAUUCCUCUACAGAGCCACUAAAAGUGCUGGAAAGAGGAUACGCACUCAGUCGCCCCAUCUCCUCCUCUAUCACUGUAGAUUAUAUUUCAUAGCUUGUACCAGAUCCCAUUUCCUCAUUCAACUCAAAAUACGGACAUUUUCAUAACUCAUAACAAGCUGUGUCACAAGCACCUUUGUGUGUUUCCGUGCAGUAUGUCAGGCCGUCAGUAGGUGGUGCUGUUGCCUCAUACGUUGAGCUGCAGCCAGGCUCAGAAGUGUUCACUGCUUGCUGCAGGUUGGUGGGAUCAAUGUUCAUCCAGUCCUUCAUACCAAAAUAAAACAUCAUGGUAAUGAUAUGAGUAAUAUUCAGCUGUUGGUGGGUUGUGUUGACAGUGUGGUGAGCUUCUCAUGCAAACAGACUCUGCACAUUGUCCCAUCUGCUGGCACACUGACAGGUCCUGGCAAAGCAGCAAAUGAAUGCAAUCAAUUGAUUUAUCCAACUUUUGUAAGUGCUUGUUGCACUUGUGGGGCAGGUUAAGAGUCUGUCAAGAUUAAUCAAGUAUACAUCAAUCAAUUUAGAUAUUUAAAAUCAUGUCCAGCUGUAUUUGUAAUGUGAUAGAAAAGUACAGGCACAAGAGGCAAAGUUGUGCUGCAAAAUACCACUGAAAUAAAAGAUUUUAUGAAUUAUA